CGUCAAUCAUUGGUAUGUAGUAUACUAAGUGAAAAUAUUAAUGCAUCGCAUGUGCUAUUUGCGUUAGAAAUAGUAUUAAUGACAAAUUUGCUCAAUACGAUGGCAUAUAUGAUAUUAUAAGUUUUUAAUGAUUGUACCUAAGUUUAAAGGUUAUGUUUAAGUUGAGAAAUAAGCGAAAACUCGAUUGGUUCCAAGAAGUCAAAGGAGAUUCAUUUUAGAAAGAUCAUGCAGAACGACGCUGGUGAGGUAGUUGAUAUUUACAUUCCAAGAAAAUGCUCUGCAACAAAUAAUAUAAUAUCAGCAAAAGAUCAUGCAUCAGUUCAAAUUUCAAUAGCAGAGGUAGACAAUGAAGGGCGUAUGACAGGUUCCUCCAAAACAUUUGCUUUUUGUGGAAAAGUUCGUAGUGCUGGUGAAUCUGAUGAUGCAUUGAUUAAUUUGUGCAUGAAAGACGGUAUUAUUUCGAAGAAUUACAACCUCUAAGUAUUUAUCGAUUAUGAGCAAAUAAAUGAUAUGCUUAA